UCCCGCAUUUACUUGUCAUUUGUCGUAACUAACGUUUUCCCGGUCCGUGUGUAUAUGUGCAUUUAGUCGAGGCUGUUUAUGACGGUCUUUAAAUAACGUAAUAACGUUUUCAAUACACUUUUUUUGUUUUGGAAUAUUGAAGAAAAGGGAAAACUAACAUAUUCAAAAUGCUUCGAAUACUGACAGUGCUCACAUACGUGACCUAUAUUUAUGCUCAACAAGGAAACUCGGGAUGUCUCUUAAAAGCAGUAGAUGGCAACCCAAGAAUGUUUCAAAUAAAUGCCCCAUUCCAAGGCAAUAGACAGUUCCCAUGCCCCGAAAAUACCUUAUUUAAUGUGAACCAUUGUGGAUGCGGUUGGGUAGAUAAUCCAAUUAAUCGAUCACCUACAGAGCUUGCUGGUAUGGGCACAAUUGAAGGUGGUCGGUUCGGACCAAUUGACCCCGGUACCAUCAUGACAACGCCAGCUGUAACGACAAGAGCACCAUGUACUCUCCGACCACUUCCGGACAAACAUAUGUAUGAACAGUUUAUCCUGGGAUAUGAUUGGAUACCCCGCAAAUGUCCAAUGGGAACUCUUUAUAACCCAAGCUCCUGUGCAUGUCAUGACCUAGACCCAUACCAAACUUAUACAUGUCAACCAGAACUGUGGAUCAAUUUUAACGGCAGAGAAAUAGAGGAUUCUGCCGGGUACCAGAUUUCUAUCGGGAACAACGGUAACGUAGUUAAUGUCAGCAACGCCGGACGUUUUGAUGGUACAGGAACCUUGACAGUCUGGCAAUAUGCCAACCAAGAUCUUGGCACACAGUUGUCGGUCAAUCUACGAUUUUAUGAAUUUCCAGGGGGCGUUUCAGAUGAACAGGUAUUGAUAUCCAAUUGCUUUGGAAGACAGCUAGGCUCUGUAGAAAUUGCUCUUAACCAACAAACCAAAGAAGUGAUAUUCAGAGUUGAAGCAAGGGUUGGGAAAUUCCCGGAAGGAGUUGAACUUCGUCUUCCAUUUAGAGAGAAAGCCUGGAAGAAUGUAACAAUGACGUAUGAUGGAAACAUGGUCACUGCACAAGUUGACGAAGAAUUCGCUAAUGCACCACUUAAAGGUCAUGUGACUACCCGCUACAAUGGUUUGUUAAUUGGAAGCUGUAAUGGGCGGGGUUACGUUGGAUAUAUUGAUGACUUACGAUUAUUCAGAUGCCUUAUUGAAGGAGUAAGAAACAACUACAAUGCAUUGGGGAAUGGAGGAAUGGACGCAGGGGCAUCAAGUCUUAAUAUGCCAUGAAAUCUUGUGUAGAAACAUUUGCCGUGAUAUUUUAACAGGAGCCUCGCAUUAUAUAAAAAGACAACUCAAUAUUUGCUCAUCAUAAAAUGAUGAGAUAUGUACUUAAGGUUCCUGACAAACAUUUGUUAUAAUUUCCAGCGAAAAUAUGGUUUAUCAAACUCAACAGAAGAAAAUUAACUGAUAAUUUAUAACCUAUCUUUUUAACAGACUUCUCAUUUUAAAAACAGAUCAUGCAUUAAUCAGUCAAUUGUACUGUUUAGCACAAUUUGUGAUAUCAUUAUUUCAUUCAUGUAUAAACCAAUAAAUCGUAUUUAUAUAA